CGUAUACAGGAAGCAACUAGACCCUAAGACUAGAGUGAGACUUGAGUCUAGAUAAAAAUUGAUGAAUAUGCCAAUAUGAUGACACCCAUGUUGAUGACGAGGUACACGAGUACAGCCGUCUUGUUGCUGGGACUCUGGACACUCCCUUCAAGCGGCGAGGUUACCCAGAACUCUAGUCAUGGAACCUGCAGCGCCCCUAUGUCUCAGAAUGGCGCUCUUGCCCUGGUACCGACCGUCGAAUACGACACUCUGUAUUUGACAGUCAAUGCUAUGUUGAAAGAGUUAAAAGCUCUGGGGCUGGCUGUCAAUGACCUAAAAGAUCUGAGUCAAGCUAUGUUGAAAGAAUUAAAAGAUGUGGGGCUGGCUGUGAUAGAGUUAAAAGACCGGAGGCUGGCUGUGAUAGAGUUAAAAGAUCAGAUCGCUGCCGCCAACAACUCGAUCGACAAAUGUCACGAGGUGAUUGAUAGAAUGUUUUGGAUGAUGGUCAUAUUUCUUUCUGUCAUUGGACUAGGCCUGUUGGGUCUGUACCUCUACAAGACCUUUUCCGUACUAAACAUCGGCGGGAUCCAAAAUAUAUUCAACGGUCCAGGGACAGCACAUGUAGUAGUCCAUUUAUCUGUGGCAGCCGAAAUAAAUUCUAACGCAUCUGACCAAUCAAUGCCCGGCACAGCUGAGGUGCCCACCAAUAGGAGCGAGUCUGCUGACCCGGCCGGUUUGACUAACGCUGCGCCGGAUGGUGUGCCGGUUGGUGCGCCGGAUGCUGUGCCGGUUGAAGUGCCGGUUGAAGUGCCGGUUACUGUGCAAGUUGACGAGCCGGUCCCUGCAUCCACAACUGACAAUACUGCUAGCCUGGUUACAAUGAAAACAAAUAGCCAGAACAGUGAUGAUAAAGAGGAUGAUGAAACACUGGUGCCAUUGUCACUUGAGACGCCACACUGAGUUCCAGAGAGUAUCCAGCCUCGACUGAGAUUCAUUCCUUCCUCUGGGUUAGCUUUAUACGUCUAUAAGUGCCCCAUUCAAUGUACACCCCCAGCUAUAUUUCUUAUUUUUGCAUUCUUUCUUUAUUUAAAAAAAAAUAUUUGAAUUGUUUUGAAAAUAAGCAUUCUUCCUAAUCUAUUAAAUGUCUUCUGAUCUAAGAGCAUUAAUCAAGUGUAAUACCUCAGCUACGUUUCUUUUUAUUAACAAUGUUGUAUUAUAUAGAAAUAAUAUAGAAUUGUUUUAAAACUUAAAGUACUUUCCCUAUUUAAACUAUUACGUGCCAAUACAAUCAGAUUGUUUGAUUAACCUCAGAAAUAAAUUACAUUUAUAAUGUAUGUUUAGAAAGUAAAAACAGAAAAGAUUCGUUCUGCAGUUUUGGAUUAUGCUAUACAGUAAAACUCAAUCCGGCUUAACGGACGUGAGUUGUAAGUGAACACAUGUGAGUUUUGUGUAAACUUAGGUGGCUGGAGUUGUUUUAUGACAGUUCCGUCUGUGUGGUAGGGCACCAACCCGGGUUGUGUAAGCUGGUGAUAGGCGGAGUUGGUGUAUUAUACAGCUAAGUGAUUUUUGUGUUAGUCAAACUUUAGUUGGGACAUGGUUGAAGGGAGGUCUGACGGUGCACGGCUUAAUGGAGUACAACCCCUCCCACCCCGCUUACAUUUUGAAGACAAAAUUCGUUUCCUGGUGCUGGAAUUUUAUAUUCUAGAAUGUGGCCAUUACUGUACAUACGUUUGAGAUGUAUAUAACAUCAGAUGUUUACAUUUAGCUAUAUAGCAAUUUUUUUCCUGUUUUUAUUUACUUUAACGUUUUUGAUGAUUAUAUUAUAAAAUGUGGCCAUAACUAUACAGACGUUAAAGAUGUUUAUAAUUCAGAUGUUUAC